AUGAUGCGAUUCAUUUGCCAAAAAUCAAUUUCAUCAUUCGACUUGAAUGUAAAUUUUAAAACUAUUUUCUUAUGUAUUGCUUAUAUAUAUCCAUUUAAAGUGCGCGUUGAACGUGAACAACUCCAGAAUGAACGUAAUCGUCUAAUUCUACAAAAGGAUAUACUUGAAACUUUAUGUCGUGAAUUACAAAAACAAAAUAAAAUCAUUCAGGAAGAAAGCUUGUCACGUGCACGUAUUGAAGACGAAAAACGUCGGGAAGUUUCAGAUCAUUUUCAAACAAGUAUAACAAGUAUCCAAAAUCAAUUAUGUGAAUAUCAGUCGAAAAAUGUGGAAUUACGUAAAGAGAAUCAAGAAUUAGCUGAUAAAUUGGGUGAAUUUAUUAAACAGCAUGAAAAACGUGAAGAACAUGUAGAUAAGCUUGGUAAACGUAUUCAAUUAAGUGAGAGUGAAGCAGUUGCAUGGCAAGGUAAAUGGGAAGUUAGUCAACGUAGUUUGUUGGAAUUAGCUGAACAGUAUAAAAAAGAAAUGUCAGAAUCAUUGAAUGCCAAGAAACAAGUAGAAAAACUUAGUGAAUUAUGUAGAGCUUUAAAAGAUCAAUUGAAUGAAUUAAGAAAACCACAACAAUGCCAAAAGGAAUCACAAAACUUGGAAGCUAAACAAAAUGAACAAGAACUGAUGUCCACUGCGUCUUCCACUUCUUGUUGUUGUCAUCAUCAUCCUAAUUCUAAUUUGAUUCAUCAAAAUAAUAAUGAUAAUACUAAUCUAAAUAGUAGUACAACAAAUCAAUCAGGUUCUCAUAGUAAUAAUACUCAUAAAACGGAUGGAAAUGUUGAACUCUAUACAGCAACAAUGACGACAAUUGGAAAGAGUAGUUCCAUAUACAAUGAAUCCAAUUGUUCCUCGAAUUCAUUAAUUCCCUGUACAGAUAGCAUGAAUGAAGUAAAAUUAGAUUGUAGUAUAAUUGAAGAUGCGACAUCAUCAGGGAAUUCUAAAAUUCCAAUCUCUGAAUAA